AUGGACAGUGACUUUGGGUGUUGCCUGAGGCUAAAGGACCAAAGAAAAUGGAAUAUUCGAAUGAGUAGGGUGGAGCCAGAUCCCCUACAUAUACCCAUAAUAUCAAAGGAAACAAGAGAGAACAGGAAAGAAGGAAAAAGACACAGCAGAGAAGAAGGAACACUGAGAGAUCCCGAUCGGAACUCCAGCACACAGAAACGUAAUGGUCUAGUGGUAAAAGUCAGUGAUACGUCGAACUUCACUGAAUGUGACCAGUGUGGUUCCACUAUAUACAAGGCCGACGGACCGAUUGUUGAAAGGAAAUGUCCCCUCACAAGGACUUGGCAAUUUGUAAAGAUAUUUUCACCACAAGCUCUCAACGUAUGCGAAGUUGAAAUAUUUGAAGCAAAUCUGGGAAACGCAUAUUUUAAGACGCGUACUACAACCAAUGAAUUUGGAUGUAAGUUCGGACUGAAUGAAUCUACACAAAGAUUAUGUAUCAGAUGUGCGAUGCGUUGUUUAAGGGAUCAUCGGUGCGAGUCGUUUGAAUACGACGGAGAUUCGCAAUGCCAGCUACAAUUGGAAAGGGACCAAGGUGAACAGCUCAGAAAUACACGAUUAUGGAAUGCCAACCGAAUCGUUCAUUCUCGUUAACUGUUUGGCAUCUUUGUCAUUGCUCGACUUGAAUCGUAAUGAAAAGAGUAUUGGUUCGUGUUGAACGUACAAUGAAUGUACAAUUCGAAUUGAUGUUUGCACCGUAUUAAUUGUACUAAAUACAAUUGCUUUGUAAUGGGAUUAACUGUUAUUGAGUAGGCCCAUGUCAACCAUUAUUUUAACAAAAUACAUUUAAAUUAUGUUAACGUAAUUUUCAAAAAUUAAUAUAGGGGCAGUAGAAUAUUAUACUUUAUGAUUUCCUUUUAAUAGGUCUAUAAUUUAUUACUUCAGUUGUUAGUUAAUUAUUUUCCUUUGGUUUGAUUUUCCUCACUGUACAAACAAUUGGCCAGACAAGGAUUCAUAUUUAACGGUUGAGUCAGUGGUGGCACCAGCGGUGGGCUGGAGCCAGCCUAUCUCAUCCCACCACCAUA